ACACGUUACAUAUUGUACUUACAAAAUAUUUAAAAAAAUAAUAUAUAUAAAAAAGAAUAUGGACAGUCAUUCGAAAAAUGUUUGCCUUAUAGGCGUUUUACAUAUAGUGGGUUGCGCAGUAUUUUCCCUGGAACCUUUAGUCCGAGCAAUAGGCAAUAUAAAUUCUGAAGAAAAUGAUGAACAAGGGUAUGAUGGCGAGUCUAUUUUUCUUUUAGCCUCUGUGGGAUGUUAUAUUUUAUUGGCUACUUUGGCGGGUUUAAUGAUUAGAGGCGUUGUUAAGCAACGUCAUUUAUUAGUGGCGCCCUUCUUAAUAAUUUCCUGCCUUUUCUUGCCUGCCCUGAUUGUUAUAUUUUUAAUGGAGGAAUAUCAGGGAUCAAUUUACUUUUGUCAAGAUACUUUAUACUCAAUAGGCGUGCAAAUCAUGGUUGUCUAUCCCAUCUACACUUUGUAUAUGAAACUUCGUUCAAACUCUCUUAAAGAAAAAUCGCAGCUAGAGCCGUCUUGUGGGCACGAGAAGAAAGACAUUGGAAUUUUGACUCAAAAAUUAUGUGUUUAAUACGUUUGCAAUUUCAAAAGGCAUUUAUUAAGUUGUAGUUGUAUAUAAUUUAUUAUUAAGAUAGGCCAAUUCUUAAUCUCUGGUAAUUUUUUAUUGUGACGAUAUACUGACAGUUCUCAUGCAAAAAUUAUAUUAAUUGGAAGUAAAAAACCAUAAUCAGAGAUUGAGAAAAUCGGUCAUAGUAUUUAAUUUGUUAAUGAGAUUAUUUGUAGUAAAAUGUAAAGCUUAUUUUAAUGAGAAAA